AUGCAGAACGCUGUCGCCAACGUCAUUGAGAAUUGUCAGGUCAAUACCAGACGUGGAGAGACGCUCUUCCAAGGCAUGAAUGCUUUAGUUUGCCGUAUUGUCAAAAAGGAGACACCAGAGAUCACGAUUACGAUGAUUCCUUUCCAGCGAAACAUACAGCUCACCGUCGACAGAUUACAAGUACCAACUAUCCCAAACAAUAUAGUGACGGACGAUCAGUUGGUGGAUUACGUUUGGGCAAAUGAAAACCUGCGCAAGGAGAUUCUGGCUCAAUAUAACUACGUCACAGAGCACGAAUCAGGAAAAAAUACAAAGGACGACACUAUCAUUGGCCGAGGCGCUAAGUAUAAUGAUAAUUUCAUUCAAGACAUCGACAGCAAGCAUAAGAAACAUUAG